CCAAGCCGCCAACUCAUCAUCACUAUUUUUUUACUAUCUUCAACAAAGUUUUAGGCUAACUCAACAUGGCACCAGUCAACUCAGCGCCAAGAACAAUUAUCGCCUUGGGCCUCGAGGGCUCUGCCAACAAGCUGGGUGUCGGAAUUGUCAAGCAUGUGUAUGCCAACGGCAUUCCCUCCGACACCGAGCUUUUACCCGAAUACAUCGAGCUUGCCAAUGUCCGCGACACCUACAAUCCGCCUGCAGGCGAGGGGUUCCUACCGCGUGACGUUGCCGCCCACCACCGGUUGGUCAUCAUUCCUCUUUUGCACAAGGCCUUUGAGGAGGCCAAUAUCACGCACGAGGACCUGGACUGCAUCUGCUACACCAAGGGCCCUGGCAUGGGAGCGCCACUGCAGUCGGUGGCAUUGGUUGCUCGCACUCUUUCGCAGCUCUGGAACGUGCCGCUGGUCGGCGUCAACCAUUGUGUUGGUCACAUUGAGAUGGGACGUGCAAUUACCGGCGCAGACAACCCCGUGGUUCUGUAUGUCAGCGGUGGAAACACGCAGGUCAUUGCAUACUCGCAGCAGACCUACCGCAUUUUUGGCGAGACGCUGGACAUUGCUAUUGGAAAUUGCUUGGACAGGUUUGCCCGCGUUCUCAAGCUGCCCAACGACCCAAGCCCCGGGUAUAACAUUGAACAAUACGCCAAGCGCGGGUCCAAAUUCAUCGAAUUGCCCUACGCUGUCAAGGGUAUGGAUGUGUCGUUUUCAGGAAUUCUGUCUUUCAUCGAAAAGCUUGUCAAGACAGAGCCCGGAAAGUACACGCCCGAAGAUUUGUGCUACUCGCUGCAGGAAAAUAUGUUUGCUAUGCUGGUCGAGAUCACCGAACGGGCAAUGGCGCAUAUUGGGACCAGCGAGGUCCUAGUCGUUGGUGGUGUAGGCUGCAACGUGCGCCUGCAAGAGAUGAUGGGCCAGAUGGCCAUUGAGCGUGGCGGCAAAGUUUUUGCCACCGAUAUGCGCUACUGCAUCGACAAUGGAAUCAUGAUUGCCCAGGCAGGUGCGCUGGCAUUCGCCCGUGGCUUCACUACGGCUAUCCCCGACAGCUGGAUCACACAGCGCUUCCGCACCGACCAGGUCCACGUCGAGUGGAGAACAUAAUUUUGCUGUGU